AUAGGGGCAGGUGAACUGAAGUAGUUGAAAUGUUGUUGGGUUUACCUCAGUUGCAAGAUAUGUAGGUAAUUAUAUAGAGAGGGACCCUACUUUCAGCAUUAAAACCUCUCUCUCUCUCUCUGGGUCAGUCCAACCCCUUCUCACCUUCCACCAGCUUUUCUGUCUAUAAACUUCAGUCCUCCAACCUUUUCAUUUCCUCCCAUCAGCAUUAUUCUCUCUGGGGACCCAUCUAUGGAAGGCCAAGAACUCCCAAUAACCCCACCACCACCACUGUUGCCAACUCAAAGUAACCCGCCUUUCUUCUUCUUACCCUCAAUCCCAUCCUCUUCAUUGCACCCUCCUCCUUUGGACUCUCCUCAAGUCCUCAAUCCAGAGAUUGACUGGGUCAGCCUUCUGAUCUCUUCAGGUCAAGUCAGGCUUACUGACAAGAAGCCAAUGAUAGAAAGCGCUAAUAAUUCUACAAUGGCUGAAAAUAUUGGUAGUACUAGUACUACUGUUAAUGAAGAUCCAGAAAAGGGUUAUUAUAAGGAUAAGAGAAAAGCUGGCAGGAUGAAAAAAGCAACGCGGCCUAGGUUCGCGUUUCAGACUCGGAGUGCGGACGAUAUUCUCGAUGAUGGGUACCGGUGGAGAAAAUAUGGACAGAAAGCUGUGAAGAACAGCAUCUAUCCCAGGAGCUACUAUCGGUGCACGCAUCACACAUGCAGUGUGAAGAAACAGGUGCAAAGGCUAUCAAAGGACACGAGCAUUGUGGUGACAACAUAUGAGGGCAUUCACAAUCAUCCUUGUGAGAAGCUGAUGGAAACCCUAACUCCUCUUUUGAAACAAAUGCACUUCCUCUCUUCCUUCUAAUUUAUAAGCUCACUUAUACCUUACUACGUACUUCGCUAGCAACUCUGUUGCAUGCAACAACAUAACAAGCUUGUGUGUGUAUAUAUAUAUAUAUAUAUAUAUUAAGAAAAAUGAUAUUUGUAAUCAUAGAGUACGCAAGCACCGCACUUAUUUAAAAAAAAAAGUAAAUCAAUAUGGACUGACAUAAAAAAAAUUAAUAUUUUAAUAAUGAUAAAGUUCCCUACUCGAUCUAGCUUUUUCAAAAAGAGUGUGCCUUGCACAACUCAUGACUGUAUCAAGUAUUACUCAUAUAUUGAUUCGUUAUCUUAUAUCUUUGAACAAUACAAUAAAGCUAAUGUUAAUGCCAAAACACUGUUUGUACAAGAGAGUUUAUUGAUUCGAGUUGUUCUGAUGCUCUAAAGUUUGGAAACUUUUACUGAAGCCGCGCGUGCAGUACUGCAUGUUGAACUACCAGAGUAAUUUCUUCCGGUCGGUAUUGUGUUCAAGAAAUGUUACUUUCAGGUUAAUUUCUGGCUGGGAUUUAUACUUGUUUAGAAACGAUACUUGAAGUUUAAAAUGGUCUAGCUGUCAUUAGUCGACAAAAAAGAUAUUUAUGUAUAUAUAUAAAAUUCAAAUUCUAGGA